CCUCUUUCGCUCUGUUUUGUAUACCUGCAUUCCCAGCGUCCAUAAUUAGGUUUUUUUCGUUUCCCGAACCAACCACCUCCGAUUCCCCGCCGACGCCUCAGCUCCGACUCACGAGCCCCUUACACGAGCUGCUUUCACCAAGAACAUUACCAUAACAGCGGCCGCCACGUUAUAAGUCCUAAGCGAAUGCCAUGUCGGAUUCAAAGGUCACAUUUGAGAACGUCGCCGAAGUCCUCCAGAAUGACACGCGCGUGAAGCUGGCUGGCGUCGAUGCCGACGGCAUGCUCCGAGGGAAAUUGGUCUCCAAGAAGAAGUUCCUCUCGGUGAUCGACGAUGGGUUCGGUUUCUGCUCUGUAAUAUUCGGCUGGGAUAUGCAUGAUCGGACAUACUUUCGAGAGCUCCAGAUCAGCAAUAAGGAGAAUGGGUACAGGGAUAUCCUGGCCAAGCCAGACCUGAGCAGUUUUCGGCGCAUUCCCUGGGAGAACAACGUGCCGUUCUUCCUGGUCAGCUUCUAUGACCCCGAUACGAGGGAGCCAUUGCUUGCAUGCCCUCGUGGCUUGCUGAACGAGGCGCUGCGCAAGCCGGCUGCGAAGGGGUAUCGCGCGAUGGCGGGAGCUGAAUUCGAGUUCUAUCAGUUCGCUACACCUGAUCGCAAUGCCUCGUCGACGGCUACCUUUCUUAAGGAGAACCCGGUUGAGACGCUGCCGCCGCUGACGGAGGGGAUGUUCGGGUACAGUCUGACCCGCCCAAUCCACAACCAGGAGUACUAUUACGGCGUUUUCGACGCAUGCGAGCAGUUCAACUGUGGGAUUGAAGGGUGGCACACGGAGAGUGGACCAGGUGUCUAUGAAGCGGCAUUACAGUUCGGCGAGGCCAGUGAGAUGGCGGAUAAAGCGGGCCUUUUCAAAUAUGUCGUCAAGUCUAUUGGCACAAAACAUGGCAUCACGCCUACGUUCAUGGCGAAGCCUCGUGAAGGUUUACCUGGUAAUAGUGGUCAUAUGCAUAUAUCGUUGGUGAAUAGUGACGGCACGAAUGCGUUCUUCCGCUCGACCCCUGAUCCCUCCCCGCCAUACCCUGAUGUGGCUCACCUUUCUGAUGUUGGACGGUAUUUCCUUGCGGGAAUCCUGGCUGGGCUUCCGGACAUCAUGCCAAUGUUCGCGCCGACUGUCAACUCCUACAAACGCUUAGUGGAGAACUUCUGGGCUCCUGUUACGGUAUCUUGGGGCUUGGAGCAUCGGGCCGCCUCUAUCCGCUUGAUUACGCCGCCGGCCGCCAGCCCCAAGGCUACUCGCCUAGAGAUCCGUGUGCCGGGCGCAGAUGCCAACCCGCAUUUUGUACUGGCAGCUAUAGUCGCAUUGGGCUGGCGGGGUGUCGAGAAGAAACUUGAGAUCCCUGUCCCGCCACUAUCCAAGGGUGAGGAUAUGGGAGGUGCGAAUGACAAGGGAGUGCGCCUUGCUAAAAAUCUGGGCGCUGCAACAGCCACCUUCAUGCACAAAGACAGUGUCGCACGGGAGGUCUUUGGUGAUGCCUUUGUUGAACACUUUGGCGGUACUCGGGAACAUGAAGUGCGCUUGUGGGAAGAAGCCGUGACCGACUGGGAGGUGAGACGGUAUAUCGAAACGGUCUAGAUCGACCAGAAGACGUUAACCUUGGGAGAAACGAAGUCGACCCGUCUAAUCCCGAGCGCAGACCGGGAUUUGGGCGUGAUCCGCAAGCCUGAAUUAGAUUCCAAUAUUCGAUGGUAUGUCACAUGCUAAACAGCUUUGUUUGAUCGUAGUUUCAUGGCGAUUUCACAUGCGGGUGGGUGCUGCUGU